AUGAGUACGAUGGGUAUUGCCUCAGGGGUGGCAGAGCACGUGCAGCCUCGUCCACCCCAGCUACCGCAAGAUGCGGAGGCCGUAUAUGUUGGGGAAGGCGCCGCGAAUGUCGUCUUUGCUAUCAAGCUACCGCCUACCACUGACACGAGCCUCGCCAAUGCCUUUCAGGACAAGCUCCUGCGAGUCCCCAAGGCUGGCAAGGGCACCUUCCCGUAUGCUGAACAGCAGGCUUUCUGGGAAUCGCAAAUCAAGCCCCUUUUCCGGCCAGGAGAUUUGGUACAUCAGUCUCUCGUGCGGAUGCCCGAGGAUAAUGGGUUCUUUGUUGCACGGCUGAAUGAAAUUCUGCAUGAGCGAGAGUCGCAGCGUAGAGACGACUUUGUUGGCUCGCAGGUUGAAGAUGUCACUUAUGGCAUGCUUGUGGACGACAUGAGGUCGACGGGAGAUGGAGAUAUAAUACGGGAGUUCAAACCGAAAUGGUUGGCACAAUCCCCAAAUGCCCCCGAGACAGCAAUACGGUGUCGAAACUGCGCCAGAGAAGCGUUGCGGAAUGUCGAGAAAGGCAAAAGAAAACCUAUCUUCUGCCCACUCAACUUCCUCGCAUCGACCACGGAGCAGUCAUGGCUCGGUGCAGAGAAUGUCUUGCAAAUCCUUCGGGCCAACCAGGUGCGGCUCGAUCCAGGCGGCCCGUUAAACGUCUCGGCCCACGAUGCCGCUUUCCAAGUGGCAAUGACCUUGCGAGACUGCACGGUGUAUCUCAAGAUACCCAAAGAGCCAGGUCGGGGAGUCACUGCGAAGCUCGGUGAUCUUGACAAGAAGAACUGGGAUAUCAAACUAGACUACUGGCGCGCCAUGGAGCAGAACCUGAUCGAUGGCGGCUUCUACGAAGCCAAGGAAACGCCACUUCAGGAGACUGAUUGCAUGCUUAUACCACCGAGGAUUGGAGGCAUCUAUGGCACGAAUUGA